UGAGAGGUUAAUACAUAAACAAAAAUGACAAAUAUUUUGCAACCGUGAAAAAAGUAAUAUUUCCUUUACGAAGCCUGUAUUGUAUCAAUAUAAUGUCAAAUUCCUAGCUGCAAGUCAAUGAGCAACAUUACCACUUUAAUGUUUUUUCUUUCACCUCACACCUUUUUGGUCCCUUCUUAGACGGGGAUUGUGACUUGAUCCAUUUCUGUUAUCCCGAGCGAGGUUCAUAUUAUUCUAGUAUUGACAAUACAACGGUGUGGGAUGGGGUCGGAUAUCUGAACAGGAGAGGACAACGGCGAUCGAGGUUUUUUUUUCAAGUUGUGCGAGAUGGCAAGAAUAUAAAAGCACCAAGAGAAAAGAGAAAGUCUCAGGUUCCUCCGCCCUCGACGUGACCCAGAAUGCCGCUGGUAAAGAGGAACAUCGAGCCCCGGUACCUGUGCCACACGGCACUGCCCCGGGGCAUCAAGAAUGAGCUGGAGUGCAUGACCAACGUGUCCCUGGCCAACGUCAUCCGCCAGCUCAGCAGCCUCAGUAAAUAUGCAGAGGAUCUGUUUGGGGAGCUGUUCAAUGAGGCGCACUCCUUCUCGUUCCGGGUGAACUCCCUCCAGGAGCGAGUGGACCGGCUGUCCAUCAGUGUCACCCAGCUCGAUCCGAAGGAGGAGGAGUUGUCCCUGCAGGACAUCACCAUGAGGAAGGCUUUCCGCAGCUCCACCAUCCAGGACCAGCAGCUGUUUGACAGGCGGACCCUGCCCAUGCCCCUGAAGGAGACCUUGGAGCUGUGUGAAAAGCCACCACCUCUCAACAUCCUCACGCCGUAUAGGGAUGACGGCAAGGAGGGACUCAAGUUCUACACAAACCCGUCCUACUUCUUUGACCUGUGGAGGGAGAAGAUGCUGCAGGACACGGAGGACAAGAGGAAAGAAAAGCGGAAGCAGAGGCUGGAAAUAUCUAUUCGCGUGUCUUCAGACGGCUUUAACUGUGCGGCCAUAGCCCCCGGCCGCUUCGCCCUGGAGUUGCUGGACCACCUCAGGUACGAUCAGGUCUAUAGAUAUUUAGACCUCUCAAGCCAGCUGAAGAACAUCGAGCGCCCCCAGGAGCCGGAGAAGGUGCCACGCCCCCCACCCGACAGACGCAAGGAGUGGCAGAAGAGGGCGCUCGGGCCGGAGCUGGCUGAGGACAACAUCAAUGAGGUCCACAAGCACAAGGAGGCCAACGGCUCCGCGCCACACCAUGACACCAGGCAACCCCUGUACAUGGAGCAGAUGGAUGGGCCUUUCUCCCUGGCCGCCCUCCCGUACAGCCAGAUGAACGAGCUGCUGAACAGGACCGGGGACAGGAUAUACAUACGCCCCCACGAGCCCCCGCCGCCGCCGCCCAUGCACGGCGCUGGAGACUCAAAAGAAGCCUCCAUCAUCAGCUCCAGCUCUGGCUACACCGACAGCCGCCCCCAGUCUCCCGCCAGGACGCCAGUAUUCCUCAAUCCCAAUGCCCCGCCCCCACCCCCGCCCCCCUUGCCUCCGCCCCCACCUCCCCUGCCAUCUGCGGUGCCCGGGUCUGGUGCACGUGGCACUCCCCCUCCACCUGUGCCACCCCUCCCCGUCCAGCUUCCUGCCAUUCCGCCAGCCCCCGCUCCGCUCCAGAUCGCCCCCGGGGUCCUGCACCCUGCUCCUCCCCCCAUUGCCCCACCCCUUCACCCUGCCUCUCCAGCACGCCUUCACCAGGUUGUGGACAAAAGCCAGCUCCCCUCCCAGCCGGACGGAGGGACCAUCCUCCCCCCGCCACCCCCACCACCACCGCUACCCCUACCGGGAGCAAGGACCUCCUCCCCCUGCCCCACCCCCCCUCCUCCAGGCCCACCCCCGGUGCCUUCCUUUCUGUCGGGGGCUGUGUCCUCUCCGUCGGCCCAUGGUGUGCACGAGGCGAAGCGCUACCCAUCCAGCCUGCCGCCCAUCAGCGACGCCCGCAGCGUUCUCCUGGAAGCCAUUCGCAAAGGGAUCCAGCUCCGCAAGGUGGAAGAGCAGCGGGAGCAGGAGGCCAAGCACGAGCGUGUGGGGAACGACGUGGCCACCAUCCUGUCGCGCCGCAUAGCCGUGGAGUACAGCGACUCCGAGGACGACUCCGAGUUCGACGAAGUGGACUGGAUGGAAUGAGCCCGUCCAGUUCAUCCUUCGUCCCCCCGUGUUACAUCAUCUUCUUUCAGUUACCGAGUACGGUCUUCAUUCGUGGUUCUGGUUUUGGAGGGAAGUUUCAGACAAGUCCCCCCCCGCCCCAAAGUGUUUUUGCGAAUGUUUUGUACUCAUUUUCUACAUCUUUUUUCCAGUCCUAGGAAAUAUUCCUAUUGUACAAUUCACAGUAAAAUAACUACAUUGCGUCUUUGUUUUCCAAGUAUCCUAAGAGGGAGGGACUUUCAUUUGCUGUCGAGCAUUAUGUGUAACAAUGUGAGGAUGCCAUCCUCUUUUCUGAUACAAUCCUGCCAUCUUCUGGAUGAAAAUGGAAUUAAUGAAAAACAUCCUUUUUCCCCCCAGCACUACCACCUGUGAAGGGCCAGUAAUUGCUGGAGCAAACUAAGCGAAUUAACACCUCUGAGUACUAAUACUGAUGGUUUCUGAAGGAGCUGAUUUUCUUUGUAUAUAUCAUUUAAAAAAAUUAUAAGAAUCACAGUUUUCUCUGAAGGAACAGGUAGGAGCAGUUUCGCAGUGGGGAUUUGGACACCUAAUUCACAUCUAACAGGUGUACUGGUGAUUUACCAAGUGUUGUGGUUGAUGCGGCCAUUAAGGACCAGAACUGUCCAUCUUUAAAUUAGUAAAAGAUUUAAGAAAAUGAAACAAUCUGGCCUGUUGGUGCUGUGCUGUAAGCAUAUUGACCAGUUUGACUUCACCUGCACUAGGGGGGGUCAGUUUAGAGCUGACUUUUAUAUGUUUUUUUUAAUCCGGGUAUGUCCUCAGUGAGCCACUGUAGUUAGCUGGCGUGACGCAUCAUGCACGUUUCAUGAGCGCUGGAAACUGCGCGUGCGGAGUGAAGCGAUUCUGCCGUCAUGGCGACCCGCUUACCGCCAUGUGGCCCUCGGACAGCCCGCCUUCUCAGUGGCCUGUGGUCCAAUCACACAUCGCUCUGCCUUAUUCUUUGUAUUAUACAUAUUGUUCAGUUCAUGAAUGUAUUGUGCUGUGCUACUUUGCCUGCGCUUUUAAACAUUAGUUGUUUCCAUGUGAAAAGAUCUUAUUUCAAAAUACUGUAUACCUGGUAACUUAUGUAACUGUUGAUUGUAACAGUUUGCUUGGAUUAAUAAAAGCUAAUGUAAUGUUUC